GAUAUAGGUUAGCAAUCAGGCACGCUGCUCCACCCACGAACAAACGCGUGCAUCAACACCAGCAGUUCACAGGUAAUAGCCAUGGUGGGCAAAAAUCCAAUCGUAAUAGACAGUAGCUCAGAAGACGAAGAUGAAGAUCUGAAGCGAGCAAUUGCUCUAUCGCUACAGAGCGGGGAGGAAGCUCGGGCCGACGAAGGCUUGCCGUGCAAACAGAGUGCAUCAGCCACAUCGGCUCUUCCAGCGCGGCCUGGGUUGGGUGGUCUAGAUCGCAGGAAGAUGGAAGAAGAUCGACUUGCAAGAAUCCAAAAACGCAAACCCGAGUCACCUCAACAAGAGAACCCCGCAAAGAGACACCAUGCAGUGGCGGAAACAAGACAUGAACCACGACUGAAGUUCCCGCAACCCGUUGUGAAACGCACAUGGGCAUUUGGAUACCCACGCACAGGAGACGAUGUCAAAAUAGAAGAAAUAUUUGACAAAAAGAAUCUACAGCUCGCGCUUCUUUCUUCAUUUACGUGGGAUGAAGAGUGGCUGCUAACGAAGGUCGACGUUAGGAAUACAAGACUUAUGCUGUUGGCAUACGCCAAUGACGAAGAAACUAAAGCAGCCAUGCAAGCAAAUACACCGUCAAACAUACGAUUCUGUUUCCCAAAGAUGAAUGGCCCCGGGGCUAUGCACUCUAAACUUCAAGUUCUGAAGUUUCCCAACCACUUGCGGAUUGCUAUACCGACUGGCAACCUAAUGUCAUAUGAUUGGGGAGAAACAGGUGUAAUGGAAAACAUGGUGUUUCUCGUCGACUUGCCACGCCUGCCCGACAAGACUACAUAUGUGCCAACAAUGUUUAGCAAUGACCUCUGUAGGUUUCUGGAAGAGUCUGGAGUCGAUGAGAGGAUGAUAUCGAGUCUUCAAAAUUAUGACUUUGCAGCCACGUCCGAAGUUGCAUUUGUGUACUCCAGACCUGGAAGCUAUAUGGGAGAUAAUUUAUACGACAAUGGGUGCAACUCUCUUGCCAAGAACAUUACGGCACUGGGUUUGACGACGGUAGAACCUGUCGAAAUAGACCUCAUUUGCUCCUCAUUAGGUUCAUUGAACUUCAACUUCAUUUCGACAAUAUACGACGCCUGUCUCGGGACAAAAGAUGGACAAAAGACACGUAAAAGAGAUGCGAAUGAUGAUAUUAUGAAGCGAUUUAGAGUAUACUUCCCAACAAAUGGAACAGUAGCCCAGAGUAAGGGAGGCAAACAGUCUGGAGGCACGAUAUGUGUUCAAUCUAAGUGGUGGAAUGCUUCUACGUUUCCCAAAGGAAUCAUGAGAGACUGCAUCAACACGAGGGCCGGGAUCUUGAGUCACAGCAAAGUCAUCUAUGUUCGAUAUACGAGCUUAAAAAGGGAGGACAAGUAUGCAGGAUGGGCAUAUGUGGGAAGUUCUAAUCUUUCUGAAAGCGCGUGGGGCAAGAUUGUCACCGACAAAGCCACAAAGCAGGCCAAGAUAACCUGUCGAAACUGGGAAUGUGGGGUAGUUAUGCCAUUGGCAAACACGGACACAUCUAACACGUCCAUGGUGAAUCUAAAGGACUUUGAAAGGGCAGUCCCAGUCCCCAUGCAACAACCUCCACGGCCAUACGCAGCGAACGAGCAACCCUGGUUUUUCCAAGGCCCUUAAGAGUACGCGUCAUAGGAAACAAGUGAUCCAAAGGAAAAAGAAGGUUACAGUGACAUGCGAGGCAUUAUUUGCCUAGAAACAAAGCUACUAUCUCAUUGUUCAUUGUUUACACUCCAGCAUUGCAUAAUAAAGUUUCAUAGCUUGGAAAAGCUUCUUGAUCAUCCAUCUCCAGGCACAAAGUUUAGGCCAUAGAGUCAAAUAAAAGGGUACCUUAUCAGGGGCCGAGAGUUUUCUAUUAUGCUAUGAACAUUGAGUAACAUGUUCUGCAUCUUUGAACUGUAGUCUGAAGCCUGGGACAUCACAAGCCUUUGGUAUGGUCUGCCGGCUACUGUACUUACAAGCGACGUCAGUGGCUGUACCACCCUAUGUGGUUUUCGUUCAGGACGAGUAAAGGCGCCCGCCCACUUAAAAAAACAGGGAAAAAUCGGACAAGUCCGCGUGCACAGCAGAAAGACUCACCCAGCGUAAAGACUAGCCACAAGGCCAAUCCUGAAACAACGGUGGCAACUAGGUUCCCAGCAAAGUUUUCGAUUUCGGGAGGGGAGAAGAGGGAUUCACGCUCUGGCGUAGCUGCUUGCGGUGGCUGCCGGCGAAUGGCGUGGAGCUAGGCCGGAAGGGCCCCGCCUGGGUGGCCCGUGCGCGCCCACUUCCGGAAUGGGCCAAACGGGCACAAGUGAGGGGAGCGAUAAGCCUGGGUUAACGUAUGUUGGAGGGGGCGCAGGCAGGAAUUUAGUGGGCGUUGGUGCCUUGUGUGUGCCACUGGCUGCCACUGUCGCAAGCGUUGAGCAAUGAAUGACCUGCAUACGGAAGACGAAGCCGCCCGAUCUGCUGCAGCAAUCUUGUGGUGCAUGAUCUGGUGAAUCGCAUGGCUUUGCGCAGCACAACAGAUGGGUGAGGGGGUUUUCAUUCUUCUUCUCCGUACGCUGGGGAUGGACCACCCUUCUGCUGAUUAGCAGUUUUAUUUUGUUCCCCUCUCUUUUUUAAAAAAUAGCGAUUAUUUCCUGGAAAUCCCUCGGUCCUCCCGCAAUCGAGAAUAGAGUUUGCUUCAUGGUACGGCUCCGUUGUAGACCCGGCACUAGUGCGCCCAGAAUUUGAUCGUGCGACAGCGACGUAUCAGCACACAACGCAGGCAAUAGACGGCAUGUCUCGGAUGGACGUGUGUGACAGAAAGAGCCCCCAACUGAAGGGUUUUGUUUUUUUUCUUCUUGUUUGGCCGUUGUGCACUAUCAGAAGCAUGGUAAGGCGGCAUCCGGAACGGUCCAAUACACCGCGCCGGCGAACCACUGUUCUCGUACCUGCGUCGAUACCCAGCCCGCGGGCGGGUCAGCGUGGUAGCAGCGUGAUCGUGAAGAGAACCAAAAAACAAACGAGUCACAUUGCGGCAGCGAAUGAGAGGUCGACUUCGCUAGGCUAUAGCACACCAGUGGUUAGUGGAGCAGCGGUGGUCACCCGGCUGAUCAGGAUCCGGGCCUAAAGAGGAUCCCAGCUGUGCUCUCUUGACGAAGCCUGGUUGGCGUUUACUGCUGCGUCUGAAUCGCGGACCUCGACCGAUUGCGUGUAAAGGAUGGGCGUGGCGGUUCUCCAUAUUCCCGAGGUGAUGUGAUAGUGAUAGGAUAGAUGGGCCUAUUUUUAUCGCUCUUCGGGGGGAGCCGUCGCACAGGUCUACCUCUGCUGCUCUGCCUGGCCGCGUCUCCAACCGUCGGGUGUGUCCAUCCAUCCAUCUGCUUCCGUUCUGGCGCUGCUUAGCACGGCUCUCACGCAUCCGUCACCAAGGCCCCCCGCUGCGUUCAGCUAACACUUGGGCUUUUCACAGUGGUGGGGCAAGGUCGGUGGGCUUGUUUUCUCACCCGGCUGUGCUUGGGAUGUCCCCAAGGCGUUAUGUUUUAUGUGUUUGCUGUUCUAUAAACCUUUGUUUUAUUGGGGGCUGUAAACAGGCGCUGCUAGCACCUUGUUUCUAUUAUGUUUUUGCCGCAGCCGCAAGUUUAAUCCAAAAGGUGGGAUGGGGGAGGGGGGAGGCCCUCUAGCAGAAAGCAAAACGCUCUGGUUUCUGCGGGUGUGUCUUGCAUACGCCAAUCGCCCCAAGAAACCCCACUACAGACAGGACGGGUAG